AUGUUUAAGUGCUGGUCAGCUGUUUUGAUUCUUGGAUUCAUUUUUCUGGAGUCAGAAGGGAGGCCAAACAAAGAAGCAGGAUAUGGCCUUAAGUCCUAUCACCCUCUAAUAAGAUUGCGACACAAGCAGGAAAAAAGUCAAGAAGGUUCAAGAAUCAAAGGAUUCCUGAUUCAGGAUGGCCUGUUGGGAUCUUGUGAAAACAAAUACUGUGGUUUGGGAAGGCACUGUGUUCUCAGCAGAGAGACAGGGCAGGCAGAAUGUGCCUGCAUGGACCUUUGCAGUCGGCACUACAAACCUGUGUGUGGGUCUGAUGGAGAAUUCUAUGAAAACCACUGUGAGGUGCACAGAGCUGCUUGCCUGAAAAAACACAAGAUUACCAUUGUCCACAAUGAAGACUGCUUCUUCAAAGGAGAUAACUGCAAGGCCACCGAAUACAGCAAGAUGAAAAGCAUGCUUUUAGAUUUACAAAAUCGAAAAUAUAUUACACAAGACAAUGAAAACCCCAGUGGUGAUGAUGUAUUUCGGAAGAAGUUGCUGGUGGAUCAAAUGUUUAAGUAUUUUGAUGCUGACAGUAAUGGACUUGUAGAUAUUAAUGAACUAACUCAGGUGAUAAAACAGGAAGAACUUGGCAAGGAUCUUUCUGAUUGUACUUUGUAUGAUCUACUGAAAUAUGAUGAUUUUAACUCGGACAAGCACCUGGCUCUUGAAGAAUUUUAUAGGAUAUUCCAGGUUAUCCAACUGAGUCUGCCUGAUGAUCAGAAACUAAGCAUCACAGCAGCAACUGUGGGACAGAGUACCGUUCUGAGCUGUGCAAUUCAGGGAGCGUUGAGACCUCCCAUCAUCUGGAAAAGGAACAAUGUUAUUCUAAACAGCUUAGAUUUGGAAGACAUCAAUGACUUUGGAGAUGAUGGAUCCUUGUAUAUUACCAAGGUCACCACAACGCACAUGGGCAAUUACACCUGCUAUGCAGAGGGCUAUGAACACAUCUAUCAGACUCACAUCUUUCAAGUGAAUGUCCCUCCAGUAAUCCGGGUCUAUCCAGAGAGCCAGGCCAGAGAACCUGGGGUAACUGCAAGUCUCAGGUGCCAUGCAGAGGGCAUACCAAAUCCUCAGCUUGGCUGGCUGAAGAAUGGAAUUGAUAUUACACCAAAGCUGUCCAAGCAACUCACCCUUCAAGCAAAUGGCAGUGAGGUUCACAUUAGCAAUGUGCGCUAUGAAGAUACAGGAGCAUACACUUGUAUUGCGAAAAAUGAAGCAGGAGUGGAUGAAGACAUUUCUUCUCUUUUUGUAGAAGAUUCUGCUAGAAAAACACUAGCUAACAUAUUAUGGAGAGAAGAAGGUCUGGGAAUUGGGAACAUGUUCUAUGUUUUUUAUGAAGAUGGAAUCAAAGUGAUACAACCCAUAGAAUGUGAAUUUCAGAGGCACAUUAAGGCUAGUGAAAAGCUCCUUGGAUUUCAGGAUGAAGUAUGUCCCAAAGCUGAAGGAGAUGAUGUCCAGAGAUGUGUGUGGGCCUCAGCUGUCAAUGUCAAGGACAAGUUCAUUUACGUAGCACAGCCAACUUUGGACAGAGUCCUUGUUGUUGACGUGCAGUCUCAAAAAGUUGUUCAGGCAGUAAGCACAGACCCUGUCCCAGUUAAAUUACACUACGACAAAUCACAUGAUCAGGUCUGGGUGCUAAGCUGGGGUACAAUGGAAAAGACUUCUCCAACACUACAGGUGAUAACCUUGGCCAGUGGGAACGUGCCACACCACACCAUCCACACCCAGCCUGUGGGAAAGCAGUUUGACCAAGUGGAUGACUUCUUCAUUCCCACCACUACACUCCUCAUCACCCACAUGAGGUUUGGAUUUAUUCUUCAUAAAGAUGAAGCUGCACUCCAAAAGAUUGAUCUUGAAACCAUGUCAUACAUCAAAACAAUUAACUUGAAGGAAUAUAAGUGUGUUCCUCAGUCAUUGGCAUAUACACACUUGGGUGGAUACUACUUUAUUGGCUGCAAGCCCAACAGCACUGGGGAGGUUCCCCCACAGCUCUUGGUGGACAGUGUAACCGACUCGGUCAUUGGGUUCAAUAGUGACGUGACGGGCACUCCGUAUGUCUCUCCAGAUGGACACUAUCUUGUCAGCAUCAGUGACACGAAAGGUCUUGUGAGGGUCCAGUACAUCACCAUCAGAGGAGAAAUACAGGAGGCUUUUGAGAUUCACACAAACCUGCACAUAUCUGACCUAGCCUUCCAGCCAUCCUUUACAGAAGCCCAUCAGUACAAUAUUUAUGGUAGUUCAAGCACACAGACUGAUGUGCUCUUUGUGGAGCUCGCCUCUGGGAAGGUUAAGAUGAUAAAGAGCCUUAAGGAACCGCUCAAGGCAGAGGAAUGGCCUUGGAACCGGAAGAACAGGCAAAUCCAGGACAGUGGCUUGUUUGGUCAAUACCUGAUGACCCCUUCCAAGGACUCUCUCUUUAUAUUAGAUGGACGACUCAAUAAGUUAAACUGUGAGAUCACCGAAGUUGAGAAAGGAAAUAUGGUUGUCUGGGUUGGAGAUGCCUAGGAGCCCUAUUAAAUAAUUAUUAAAUGAAGAAUUUUCCAGUACGCUGCACUUAAUCCACUCUUUA